AUGCCUGUGAACAGCCUGAAAUCCGACUUUUCGGAGAUGGACUCAGACAUGGCACCCAGCUGCAGGCUCAGUGACUUGAGCAGAGGUGGGAGUUUAGAGAGUCGAAGCAGCAGUUCUCGGUCCAGAAGUUUCACGUUGGAUGAUGAGAGCCUGAAGCACCUCACACAUGAGGAAAAAGAUGUCAUCCUAUUUUUUGAAGAAACUAUUGAUUCCCUGUUUGAAGAGGACUUUGAGGAACAAGGGCUGUGUGAUAGUGGUAUACACUGCCACUCUCCAAAAUCUCUGGAAGAAAGCACGUCCAGUCAUUCUGAGCCAGAAGAUGUCAUUGAUUUAGUGCAUCCAGAACCUGCAGCUGGGGAACCUGAGUGCCCUCCAGAUGCGACUCAGAUGGCCGAACCUGUCAAAAAGGAAGACAUUCCUGUCUUGGAAUGCAGGAAGCAAAAUGCUGAGACUUCACCACCAGGCUCCACAAUUCCAGAGACCCUUCCUCUGUCACCUUCCUCUUCUGUCAACUCAAGUCCAGCCCACCCCAGGAAAGAGCUGCUGUCCCCCUCUCCUCCAGCAGAGCACCCAAAACUACCCCGCUCGGUCCCCACUCCACUUGUUAUUGCUCAGAAAAUUUCUGAGAAGUUGGCAGGAAAUGAGGCACUUUCUCCCACGUCCCCCUCGAAGGACGGCAGGCCUGGAGAAUGGAGAACACCAUCUUCUUUGUCCCCUCGAAACAGAGAUCACUUCCUGUGGUACAGACAUGUGAUACAGCCAGCACCCAAGAUCCACCGCUUCCCCAGCAACAUCAGUGUGACCAACAGUUCGGGAAAGGAAUUCAAUAAGACCAUCUCCAAAGCAGCUGUCAACGUACAAGAGCGGAAAGCCCAGGUCUUAGCCAACAUUAAUGGUGUCUCUUUUCUCACUAUGGGUGAAAUGGAAGAUAGAUCACCAAAGAGCGACCUCACUGAGCAGAGGAGGAGCUUCUCUCCGGAGCGGGUGGCCCAUGACCACAGUAAGCCAAGUCCUGCCAAGGAAGCUGUCUGCCCGGGGACAGGAGGGCAGCCCAGUAGCCAGAGAUCCAAAGCCGUGCAGACAGAACCGUCCCCAGCCUUGGCCAAUGGCUUCCAGAGCAUCCAUGAUGUCCUAAAGAGUGAGCCCAGCCCCUUUGUCUCUACUGGAAAGACUAUCACCAUCCGCCCAGACCCUGCUCUGAGUAAUAAACUUGCCCGCCAGAAUGCCGUCAAGAGCUAUUACGAGCACCGGCCACCAGGCUGUAGCCAGGAGGUUAAGAAGCGGUCAGGUUCUCUCCCCAGAGUGGUGGGCUUCAGACCCCAGGGCAUCACUGUGCAGUUCUCCGGCCGAGGCUCCACAGAAGAAGCUCGCCGAGAGGCGCUAAGGAAGCUCGGCCUCCUGAAGGAGAACUUAUGA